AUGGUGAGCUCAGUUAAAACAUUUAAAUUAACACCAAUAUAUGAAAAUGACAAUAAUGAUGUAAUUAGAUUUGCAAAAUUGUAUUCUAAACUUGAAACUUUCAAGGUCUUCAGUUCAUUUCAAGCUUUGAGAUUAAGUAUAGAUUUAUAUUCUGAAAGUUCAAAUAAAUUAAUGAUUGCCAGUGGCUAUAAUAAUUAA